UGGAAGCGGAGGAUGCGACGGUGGUCGUGUGAAGGCGGCUGGGGAAAAGCAACAAACCCGUGUUUGAAAAGGCAGGAAAGUGGCUGGUCCUCAAUUUCGGGGGCUCCUGCGGGUCCUCCGCCUAAGAGGGAGGGUUGGACUAGAUGACCUACCAGGUCCCUUCCAACUCUGGCUAUUCCGUUCUGUUAAGGCAGAAGCGCCGGCCGCCCCGCAGGUUUCCGGGCAGGGCUGCGCGGCUCUGCGAGGGACGCGGCUCCUCCGCCCGGCUCGCUCCUCCUCCGCCUCCCGGCGCCGCCAACCAGCAACCGGAGCGCCCCUCCGGCCGCGCCCCCGGCCUCCCUCCCAGCCGCGGCCCCAGCGCCACCCCGGCGGCGGCAGCAGCGCUCCAGCUGGCCGGCCCGCCUGCGCUCCGGAGCCGCCGCGUCCCCUGCCCUCCCCGGCCAUUGGCAGCAGCUUCCCCGGGCGCAGCGCGUCUCCUCCGGGCCGGGGGUCGCCGCCGGCGGGAUGGCCGAAUUCCCGGCCAAAGUCAACACCCGCACCAGCACCCCCGCCGGGGAGCCGGCCCUGCGCGCCCCCGCCUUGGACCUGGACUUCCUAAGGUCGCCCUUCGGGAUCCUGAUGGUCGUGGAAAUCGUGCUGGGCUGCUUGGUGUGGGCCCUGAUUGCCAACACGUACUACCAACCCUAUCCAUCCUAUGGCUGGGUGAUGUUUGUAGCUAUCUUCUUCUGGAUGGUGACGGUCAUUCUCUUUUUGAUGUAUCUGUUUCAGCUUCAGUUGAAACUCUACAUGAUCCCUUGGCCUAUUGUGCUUGUGGUGUUAAAUGUCUCAGCCGCCAUCAUGUAUGCAACAGCCUUCAUAACCAGCGCUGCAUCGGUUGAACCAUACUCCUGGCCCCAUUCCCCGGACUACAACAAAAGGGCUGCAGCCUCGUUCUUUGCCUGCCUGGUGAUGAUCGGCUACGGGGUCAGUUCCUGCCUCAGCAUCCGAGCCUGGAGGGGUUACGGAAGCAACGCAGCCACCAUUCAAGCGAGCAUCUCCAAUCAUGCCUAAAGAACUGUGGAUCCUUCUGAAUCAACAGGGGCCAAGCUGGCUGGCUUGUGGGCAGAGAUGAUGGCUACUGCAGCUUCUGCCCCUUCUUUUCCAGACGUGGCCUGGCUUGGAAACUAAAUGUCCCAUCACAGCUUCAACAGAGCUAAUCUGAUCACAGGACUCACCUCCUCCCUCUCCUGCGCACUAACCGGCAUCCUGGACAGAGUGACUAAGGCCUGGAUGAGAUAAGCAGCUUCCUGCUGGUUUUCAUGAUUCCUGGUUUGUCCCUAACCCAGAGCUAGACCUUUCAAAGUGCCUAAUGCUAACUUUCAACAUUAUCCUCCUUGGGAAAGACGAUGUGACCACCUUAGCUGAACGUUACAGCUGCGUGGAAGGGCACAAAACAGCCUUUCAUGUCUCUUGGCUAAAUAAUGGGAUUACUAACAUUGAUUGGCAUAGUGUCAGACCAAAGCCAGAAUAGCCCUGGGUGGAACUUAUGCAGACUCUGACUUAAAUGGGCCUUUCUCAGGCCUGUUAACUGCCAUGUUAACUGUCAUUGGCCCAUUCAGGUGCACAGGGAGAGCGGCUGUCUUAACUUAAGGUAACUUGGCUGUUCUCACUAAUGAAGGGGUGUCCAACCUUGGCGAUUUUAAGACUUGUGGACUUCAACUCCCAGAAUUCCCCAGCCAGCUGGCUAGGGAAUUCUGGGAGUUAAAAGUCCACAAGUCUUUAAAAAAAAUGCCAAAGUUGGACACCCCUGCAUUACAAUUUCUAGGAGCUGAAGUCCCCAGAUCUUUAACCCUUGCAUUACAGAAUUCCGGGAGUUGAAGUCUGCAGGUCUUAAAGUUUCCAAGGUUGGACACCCCUGCUGUGAUGUUUGCAGAGGAGUGCGGCAAAGAUGGGUGAAGUAAUCCAGAGGUUUGCAUGUGUCUAGAGAUGGCCAAGCAUUUUUCACCAAAACUAAGAAAACUGAAAGCUACCGUAGGCUCACUGCUUGCAGCUAGCGCUUGUAAAUAAUGUUUAAUCAUUAAUUCCAUUUUGUUUCAUAGUAUAUAGUACAGUAACAGAAAAUGCCUCUGGUGAUACACCCAACAAAUGUUUCAUUUCUAAAAAAACCCCAUGUUUUAAAUACAUUUUUAAAAGACCA